UCUCAGUGGCUGAAGACAUCGAGGAGGUAAUUUCUCUCAUUAUGGUUCCAGUUUGUAAUGAGAGACAGGACACAUCAUGAAGUCCCUGCUGCUCCUCAUCUUCUCUCUUCAUCUCGCUUCAGCAGCCCACCACUCACUGCAGUUCUUCCUCACUGGCAUCACACAAGGGAUCAACAUCCCAGAGUUCACUGCUGUUGCUCAGGUGGAUGGACUUCAAAGCGGGUACUAUGACAGUAACAGCAGAAAAGUGACCCUAACAGGAGAGUGGAUAAAGGACAAUAGGGAUGAACAGCACUGGAAAGAGGUCACAAAAAAGUCACUUCGCUUUCAGGAGGACUUCAGAAUCUUUUUAGAUAAAACAGUGCAGCUCUUCAAUCACACUGUAGGAAUUCACACGUGUCAGUGGAUGUCUGGCUGUGAACUGAAUGAUGAUGGAACUAGGAGAGGAUACAGCCGAUACGGUUACGAUGGAGAAGAUUUCCUCAGUCUGGAUCUGAACAAUCUCACCUGGACUGCAGUUAAUCAGAAAGCUCUUGCUGCCAAACGGGAGUGGGAGAAGACAGAUAAAGCCACAAAUCAAAAGAACUUCCUGGAGAACAUCUGUAUCGAGUGGUUACAGAAGUAUGUGGAGUAUGGCAGAGCCACUCUGGAGAGGAAAGUUCCUCCUGAGGCGUCUCUGUUCCAGAAGGACUCUUCUUCUCCAGUGGUGUGUCAUGCUACAGGUUUCUUCCCCAAAGCAGUGAACAUCUCCUGGCAGAAGAAUGGAGAGGAUCUGCAUGAGGACGUGGAGCUCAGAGAGACGCUACCCAACCAGGAUGGGACCUUCCAGAAGAGGAGCGUUCUGACCGUCUCACCUGAGGAGCUGGACAAACACCACUACACCUGCAUCAUUCAGCACAGCAGCCUGGAGAAGGAGAUGGUGCUGCAGGUGUCUGAUCUCAGGGUUUCAGGUGGAGUCUGGAUGGGUAUCAUCGUUGCUGCAGUAGUGACUGUCCUCAUCAUCAUCUGUGUUUUUGUGUGGAUGAAGAAGAAGAAGAAGAAGAAGAAGAAGAAGAAGCAGCCGUCUGGACAGAAAUAAAGAAGCAGAUGAUGAAUGAAUCUGACCUGGUUCUGGGUGAAGAGUCUGAGAUCAGUCAAACUCGGCUUACAUUACACAACCAACGUCAUUAAUUAAGAAACUGUUUCUCUUUUUGGCUUUUGGUUUUUUCUGUUUUUGGCUUUGAUAUGAUGCCCAUUGGGGAAGUGUCAUAGGAGCAGCUAUAGACUUUUAUUCUGUAGGAUCUCAAAACGAUCGCCCAUGUUGAUAUUUGUUGGCUUAAAUACUGUAUAUUGCAUUUGUUUUUUUGUUCCUAAGUUUGCCUUAUAAACCAUUCUGAAACUGACCACUGCACUGUAAUACACUCAGUUUCACACUGGACGUCCUUUAGUACAAACUCUCUGGGCAUUUUUAACAAAGUGACAAUUUAAGGAAUUUAUUAUCUUUUAAGGUUAUUAAUUUUCAUGGGACUGGAUUAGACUAGAGUAGAAACAUUGUAUUUUGCUCAUCACUGUAAUCCUCUCAGGGAAGUGAAUCACAGUGGACGUGGGGCUGCGGCCCAUUUAGAGUGACGCCUGACACAAUGAUUAAUAUUCAUAAUGGAUAUUCCUUUAUGAGGAUAUGGUCAUUAACAAUGUUCAGUGUAAAACAUUUGCUUUAUAAGAAAUAGUUGUAUAUUGAUACUGGUACCAGGUAUCGGCCCGAUACUGCACUUAUUUACUCGACUCACGAUCAUAAAACCACACUGAUACCAGCAGUCAAUACCGCCUGAUGCCAUGUCAUGUAAGUGUAGUGUCACUGCUGGACUAAUGAAGAAACUCCAGCUGGCAGUGGACGAGGGUUUACUCACACAGUGAGCUAUUACUGACUGGAGGUCAGUCACAACCUCGCUGCUCACUUGAAACAAUCCGCCUUGGUAUUUUCCCUCCAGGCAUACCCUAACCCUAACCCUAAUCCUAAUCCUAACCCUAAUCCUAACCCUAACCCUAACCAGAAUCACAACCACUUCCCUGAUACGGGUGGAGACACAAAGGCUAGCACAACGGAAGCAAAACAGUCGGCAUUUGCUACCACAGAUCAUUUAUGCCAGCUUUACUCUGAAUUGAAUUACGAGGUAUAAACGUUAAUAUGUUAAUAUGGGUCUUUGUGAAAUAAGUGGUAGAGAGACCAUAUUGUCCUUCUGGGUACAUCACUGCACAGUGUGAUGCCAGUUAGCAGAGAUACUGUAACUUCUCAGCAUGUUUGCUCAGUACUCGAUCCGCAGCGUGUUCUUUUGAAUGAAACUGUGUUAUUGACGAUGCUUGUCUUCAGACAGAGCUGUCUGUAGAGGCUGCAUUUCACAUACAUGUCACUCAGACUGAGCGUCUUCAUACAGUGUGAGUAUAGAAAUCAUAGGCUUUGCCUGUACAUGGUGGUCUGGUCAUGUGUAGAGUGUGUCUGGCUUUAGAGGCUAUCGACUUAACCAGCCAAAAAACACUCCAACAAGAUGGAAAAUUCAACAUGUGAAUUCCUGGGAUGUGAUUCCUGCUGUCACUGAGCUACAGAGACCAUUACUGUUAUUAUUAUAGCUGAUAUUUGAUCACUGAUCUACAGGAAAUUUACAUCAAAUCAUCGUAAAAAGAGAGAAGGAGAAUUGUUCUUUGUUCUCCACUGUACAGAAUGUGAAUGUAUUUUUUACUUUUUAAACAUUGAAGUAUCUUAGUAUGAAUUAUACAAAUAUGUCAAUUAUAAAUAAAGUUUUAAUACAUUUAAAAAAA